GCAGGCGAGCGGACGGACGGCGCGACACUCUCGGCGACUUACGUCUGCGUUGGGUCGGAGUAGGCCUCGCUCCGCGCUAGGCCGUUGCCGGGCGACUCCUCGGAGGAGCCUUAGGGCCGCUCCAGACGGAGCAGCAGGGCCGGCGCCGCCAUGCCGCUGCUCUUUCUGGAGCGCUUCCCUUGGCCCAGCCUGCGCACUUACACGGCUCUCAGUGCUCUGGCGCUGGCCGGCACCGUCCUCAGCGCCUACCGCGCCCUCAGCCAGGCCUCCGAAGAGCAUUUUAUGAACUGUGACUGGCAGAGCUAUGGAGUCCUCCAGACGGUGGCCCUCAUGGAAUCCAGCAGCCGGUCGGUACUUGUGAAUACUGCCUGCUGUAUUCUGAUGCUGAUUGCGAAACUAAUUCAGUGCGUGGUGUUCGGUCCUCUCCGUGUUAGUGAGAGACAGCAUCUCAAGGAUAAGUUUUGGAAUUUCAUCUUCUACAAGUUUAUCUUUAUUUUCGGCGUGUUAAAUGUCCAAACAGUGGAAGAAGUGGUCAUGUGGUGCCUUUGGUUCUCUGGGCUUGUGUUUCUCCACCUCAUGGUUCAGCUUUGCAAGGACAGGUUUGAAUAUCUCUCUUUUUCUCCCACUACACCAAUGAACAGUCACAUCAGAGUCCUGACCCUGCUGGUAGCUAUGCUGCUUUCCUGCUGUGGAUUGGCAGUCGUGUGUGGCGUUAUUGGCUAUACCCAUGGAAUGCAUACAUUAUCUUUCAUGGCAGCUGAGUCUCUGCUUGUUACUGUGAGAACUGUUCAUGUGAUUUUACGUUAUGUCAUUCAUCUUUGGGAUCUCAACCAUGAAGGCACGUGGGAAAGCAAAGGAACCUAUGUUUAUUACACCGAUUUCAUCAUGGAGUUAACUCUUCUGUCACUGGAUCUGAUGCAUCACAUUCACAUGCUGCUGUUUGGCAAUAUCUGGUUGUCGAUGGCCAGCCUGGUGAUCUUUAUGCAGCUGCGUUACCUGUUCCAUGAGGUUCAGCGUAGACUUCGUCGCCACAAGAACUAUCUCCGUGUGGUUGGGAACAUGGAGGCAAGAUUUGCAGUGGCAACGCCAGAGGAACUAGCAGCCAACAACGACGACUGUGCCAUUUGCUGGGAUUCCAUGCAGUCUGCACGUAAACUCCCGUGUGGGCACCUGUUCCAUAACUCCUGUCUGCGCUCCUGGUUAGAACAAGACACUUCCUGCCCCACCUGCAGAAUGUCUCUGAAUAUCACCGAUAACCAUCGUGCCAGGGAGGACCACCAAAGAGAGAACCUGGAUGAAAAUUUGGCUCCUGUGGCAGUGGCAGAAGGCAGACCUCACUUGAAUCAGCAUAAUCACUUCUUCCACUUCGACGGCUCCCGUAUAGCUAGCUGGCUACCCAGCUUUUCAGUGGAGGUGAUGCAUACCACCAAUAUCCUUGGUAUCGCACAGGCAAGCAACUCCCAGCUCAAUGCUAUGGCACAUCAGAUCCAGGAGAUGUUUCCUCAGGUUCCUUACCACCUCAUCCUGCAGGAUCUGCAGCUGACUCGGUCUGUUGAAAUAACCACCGACAACAUUUUAGAGGGCCGUAUCCAGGUGCCUUUCCCAACACAGCGAUCAGAGAGCAUCAGACCUGCAUUGAAUAGUCCCUUGGAAAGGCUCAGUCCUGAUCAAGAGGAUCCUGAAGAGGCUACUCAGACUGAGAGAGUCCCUCUGGAACUUAAUUCACAGCUGGAAGAAAUGGCAGAGUUCAAUGAGAUGGAAAUAGACUCGGCCGAGACAGAAGACUUUGAAGUAAGAGGGAGCCGUUUUUCUAAGUCGGCUGAUGAAAGGCAGCGGAUGUUAGUGCAGAGGAAGGAAGACCUUUUGCAUCAAGCCCGCAGGCGUUACCUCAACAAAACUUCAGACGAGAUGGCCUUCGACAUCCCCCAGCAGGCCGAAGGAGCUAAUUCCGACCCCAUCACCUUGCGCCGCAGAAUGUUGGCUGCCGCAGCGGAACGAAGACUUCAGAAGCAGCACCCGUCCUAACACUCCCCCGUUCUGUCCUGUGUCUUCUCUUCCAUACAAGUGACACGAAACCAUCCUGCGCUCUCCCUGUUUGCUGAGGGAAGGGUCUCUUCAGAGCUCAGCUAGCUGUGCUGAGGAUGAGUGAGCAGGCUGCAUCUUCACUGUACAAAGCAUGUGAUAUCUAAUAAGUGUUUGAACAGCUGACAAAUUAACCUUUAUGGGGUCUUUUGGUUGUUGUUUUUUUUAAAGUGUGACAAUUAUGCCUCCUUUGCAAAAAAAGGGGGGGGCAGCCCUUAAAGCCUUGGUCAUGGACUGCUGCUUAACAUAAGUUGCAGGGGAUGUCAGCUGAAGGAGUGCCAUGUCCAUUCAGCUGCUUGCCAGUUACGUUCCACUUGAACUCUUCCCAGAGGGAAGUGGAAUAAGUGAGAAAAGAAGUAUUGACAAAGUAUUCUCUCCUUGGCAAGCAGGCAUCACCGCCAAGCCGUCGUGCGUCUCAUCAAUGAGUUUUUUAAAAAAAUGAUAUGUAGGUCUUUGCCAGACCCCUUUAGAUGAAGGUGGCAUUUCUACGCACUGGAGCGCAGAGACGAAGCAAAUCCAUCCUGCCUUCUGCAGGGGAAGACAUCCCCUUUAGAGCGGAUGAUGUUGAGUUUAAGUUUUAGCGUGGUGGUAAAUGAAGUGUUAAACUCUUCUUGAUUCCAAGAUGGACAGUGUUCCUUUUUUUAAAACAUUGCUGAAGGCCUUGUGCAGGAGGCCGUUUUUUGUCCCCCUAUGCAUUUCAUCACAGUACGAGGCUGCUUAAUGCUUAAUUCAGCACUGUCAGUAAAGCAGAUCAACAGCGAUGAGAGUGUUGAAGUCUGUUCUGGAAGGCCGUCUGCAGAGCAGCCAGCAUCCUCAAAGGGGGCGGCGGUUUUUCAGAGGAUGGGAGGGUGCAAAAGGAUCUAUUUUUUUAAAUCUUGCAUUUUGCAAUAAUACGCUUGUGAGUUUAAUCAGAUUUGCAAACUAGAGACAGUUGAGGGCUACUAGACAUUUUUCGGGUAGGUGUGGUCAGACUUUUCUCUAUAGUAUUACAAAGCUCUGGUGGGUCUGUUGGAAGCCUCUGGUUCUAGAUUAUGUAAAUGGCUGUCGGGUAAUUCAAAGUGUUUGAGGAGUAGGAAUAUCACUGUUCUUCAGAAGGUGCCCAGUGGUGUUAAAGGAAAUUACUGGGGGGGGGGAUACCUUUUUAUUGCAGGUUUUUAGGGUAUUUGAAGGCAAAUAUAUAUAAAUUGUGUAAGUAUUUAGGCAAAGAUAAUUUAUUUUGAUAAACCCCCUUUUGGGAAGCCUUACUUUGCAAUGCUGUUAGUAAACCUUGAAAAGACAACUCUUCUUUUGUGAUUCAGUUUUGCUCAGAGCCACAGCUCUUUGUUUUAUUGUUUAAAAAAAAGAAAUAAAAUUAUCGG